AGUUCUCCUCACUACCACUUGAUGCUUUUUCGUACCUUAGAAGAGGCUCAAAUCAUCCUGGAUGAGGCGCAAGUGGACUCAUGGUAUCACUCGCUUCAAUCGUGGGGGUCCCGAGGGAGAAGAGCUAACUUUCAAAAGAUGACCCUCUUCAUCCACGAUGGCGUUCGCAAAGCCUCUUCCAACAGUGCCCAAAGGUUCGCCUUGGCCUCCAUGGUCAGUCGAGCGGAACUCAAGUACAACUUUCAAGUGUUCACGGGUUCCAAACCGGAAGACGAGCUCCACAAAAGUGCCAACUUUGUGCAUUGUUACAUCAAGGCUUUACUGAAGAAGCGAGAGAACACGGACAAUGCUUGGUCUACGGCGUGUAGAUCCGUGAGAGUCGAUCCCAAUACGAAAUGCGGACUCAGGAAGCUCUGGAUGAGUCAAGUGAUGCAAAUUUGUCCGCCACGGGCCAAGCAGGCCAUUCAUGAACUAGAAGACCCGUGCCAAUUGAGGAAGAAGUAUCUAAAGGAACAAAGAGACGACACAAAGCGAACUUUGACCUUGUCCGAGAAAAGGUUGCAAAACAUCUUGACCAAUACGGAUCCCAACGAUCUCUUGUAAA